AUGUCCCCUGCCGGCGAAACUGAGUCUACUCCUCCACGCACCAAUGCACCAGCUUAUGGUGCUAGCAAAAUAGAAUCAACCCCAAACAGCCGUGGGGCUUCUGUUGUCAGCGAGAACAUCGGGGUGCUCGGUGUCAAAGUCAAGAAGGUCGGCCCAUGGAUUCAACGGGAUAUAGAGCAGGUCAAGGAGUGCAAGGCAGAUGCCAUGCUGCAAGCCCUCCUUCAGCGCGCUUCUUCUGCUCCCGAGACCGAACAGCCCGAGCUUCUGCAAAAGUGUCUCAAGGCGGUUCUGCCUGUUUGCAAUGGGCAGGCUUCUACUGCCCUCGUAAAGUCUUCUGACAUCGAGACAGCCCUCAACGAAUACGUAUGUCCAGGAAGAUCAGAGGUUGAUGGGAUGCGUGCUCCUGUCCCUGCCGUGGACAUGAUCUGCCAGCAGAACGAUAUGCCCAUGCACCAGAUGCACCAGACCAAGAAAUCGAUUCGGAAGCCCGACGUCGUGAUUCUUCCUUUGAAUAGCGCAUGCGCUCCCUUCCAGGAUGAGACGGGCAACAAGAAGGGCAAACAGAGCAACAAACAGAAGGGCGCACAAAAGAACGACGAGAAGGAUGACGACCAGCGCAAGAAGAAGCGCAAGGCUCAUAUGGACACGAAUGCAACAGCUAAGCCGAAAAAACUCCCAUGGAAAGAUGUUCUAGCUUGCAUCGAGUUCAAGAGAAAGACAGCUGGGAGGACGAAAGGGAUUAAGUCACCAUCCCCUACGUAUACAGCUGAAGUACCUGCGCCAGGCCCUUCGCAUACCCCAGCAACACAACCUGCGUCUGACACUGCAGCAGUUCAAUCUUCCGGCCUUACUACUGCACAACAUUCCAAGGGCAGGUCUAGCUCCAAGCGCAAGGCCACAGACACUUUGGAAGAAUCCGCUGCGAAAAGAUCCAAGGGGAACCACGACGACAAGGACACUGACGCUGACGCGGACGCGGAUCCAGAUGUGACCGUUCAGACGGGUCUGUAUGCCGCCGAGAUGUUUGCGGCCAAUCUUGGAGUCAAUUAUUUGCUGAAUAUUAUCGUCGUCGACGAUGUAAUGUGGAUCUGGUAUUAUGAUCGGCAAGGGAUCAUUCAAUGCUCAGGUAUCAACUUCAUUCAAGAUCUCCCGCGAUUCCUGGUGCUGUUGUAUGCUUUACAACGCUUCGACCUUCACGAUUGGGGCCGAAACAAAGACUUCCUCCCAAUCGAAGUUGAGGGGAAGCUAUGCCACGAAGUCAAAAUCGAUGACGAAAACCUUGGAGAGGUGGAUUUGCUCCUCCAUACCAGCCACGAUGAAAGAGUGAAGCACUACGGACUGCAAGGACGUGCGACCAAUGUGGUCCCUGUCACUAGCGAGGCGCUCACGAAGAAAUUCGGCAAGUUCGAGGAUGGGAUGGUGGCCAAGAUCUUUUGGGGAGAGGCGAGUCGCACUAGCGAGCCGGAGAUCCUGAAAAAGGUCGAGGAGAUCGCCAAGAGGCACGCGACUGUCCAAGACCAUGUUCCUCAACUGCUUUGGCACCACACGUUCACAAAUCCCACAGCCGCAAUCCGAGAAGCGCUCGGUGUUCCGGCACCCACUACAGGCAGUCGCGUGCUCUAUAUUCUUGUAUUCCCCAAGCUCCUCCCCAUCACCCAGCUUCACGGCAAAGAGCUUUUUGACGUCUGGCGUCAGUGUAUUUCAUGCCACCUUACUCUGUGGAAGGAAGGGGUCCAUCAUCGAGAUGUCAGUCCGGGAAAUCUGAUGUGGUACUGGAAAGACGACAAGCGGAUAGGCGUUUUGAACGACUACGAUCUAUCCUCGUUAGCAGAUGACUUAGGUCCUCGGGGUAAUGAGCGCACGGGCACGGUGCCGUUCAUGGCGCUCGAUCUCCUCACUGAAGAGGGUCAACGAGGCGAAGUCAAGCACCUAUAUCGUCAUGAUCUGGAGUCGUUCAUGUGGUGCUUCGCCUGGAUUUCCUUGCGUUACAAGAAUGGAGCCCCUCUACCACGGGGAUUGCGCCCCUUGGAUGAAUGGGCGACUUUAGGCGCUGUGGCAUGUGGCGAGAAGAAGUACGUUUUUCAGGGUCGUAUGAAGAAAUUUUCCGCACCCUCCCACAUAGACUCAUCCCUAUGGGCGUUCCUUGUGGAUUGUCUCGGUAUGCUUAACAGGCACCACUUCAAUCGAUGGGAAGCAGACACGCCGACGAACUGCGAAGAAUCAGAUUCAGAUAUUGAUGCUUUUCUACAGUCAUUCGAAAAUACCAAGGGUUGGGCUGCGCUCAGCAAACUUCUAUCAAAAUCUUCACAGUGAUUUUCUUUAUCCAUUACACUACCUACGGUUUGGGUUUGCUAGCUCUGAUACUUGCAUCGAUUGCCCGUGUUUGAUCCGUCUCCAGUAGAUAAACCAAUUGAAUAGAUGGUGGCUCACCAUUACGCAGAAUGAAACGAACAGAAAU